CUGUGCGGCUACUGGGGCUUGGGACCCUUCGUGUGCGACGUGUAUAUAGCCAUGGACGUGGUCUGCUCCACUUCCUCCAUCUUCAACUUGGUGGCCAUCAGUAUAGACAGGUACAUCGCGGUGACUCAGCCCAUCAAGUACGCCCAGUCCAAGAACAACAAGCGUAUUGUCUUCACCAUUGCUAUUAUCUGGGUGGUGUCGACAGCCAUCGGCAUCCCCCUGUUCUUCGUCAACCAGUGGAACGCGUCGAAGAGGAAAUCUGACCCUGAUACUGAAUGUACAUUCCACAACGCAGACUUCAUCAUCUGCUCCUCACUCUCCUCCUUUUACAUUCCCUGCAUUGCGAUGAUCUACCUCUAUUGCAGGAUAUUCAAGGCUUUGAAAGAACGUGCCCGAAAAAAGAAGCCGAAAGUGAACGAGAUCAAGGCGGGGAGCGUGAUCGAGAACGUAAGCCAGACGAGAAUGCUGGAAGAGACGGCCCUGAGUUCAGAGACACCACGUGCUGCGCAUGCAGGCGCUAAGGGCCCGCCCGUGCCGCUCAUAGAGGAGGACAAGAACACCAACAACACCAGCGCCAGCCAGGACGAAGAAGACGAUGAGGUAGAAGAGGCCGGAGUGGUUCUGGCAGGCGCUGAGAACUGCCAUAUUAUCAAGAACCCUAGACCGGAGGAGCUGAACUUGGGGCCCCUCAGGGAGGAAGAGUGAGUCGAGCAGUAUUUCU